AUGAAUCAACAUCCUCAAGGCUAAUUUUAGUUUAUCAAGACCUACUUUCUAAAGAGUACUAUUGCCAGAUAAAUAAUGCCAGACAGCUCAGAUGACAUUUCCCCAGAAUUAUUGGAUGAGCAUUUCUAGAACAAUACAUCACACAGAAGAAUCAAAUCUGAUUUAUUGCAACAAAAAGAAGCCUAAAAGCUUCGUGAAAUCUAAUAGUAGUAUUAGUAGCAAACAGACACUUCAACAUAUGCCCAAAGCUAUAUGUCAUAGGGAAUUUUGAAAAAAUCACAAAGAAGUAGAAGCAGUAAAAGUUAGAAAAGAAAGUCGUCUCAUAAUAAAAAAGUGCAUUUUAUAUGA